AUGACACCGACUUCGCACUUAGGAACGGGGGAAAGCCCAGCCAAGGAUGCAUUGGCAAUUUGCUCCUCUCUCAAAAUGUGGCAAAUACACGACGAGGGGACUUCACUCACUUUCUUUUACUCAGACAUCGAGAAGUGCUGGCUAAUACGCGUGAAUAGUGGGCGUUGCAAGGUAAACCGUCAGCUGCUGCAUUGCACCUCAGAAAAUGCUAUUGCUGUGGAGAAGACUGCAGACAUCGUCUUGAAUGGCAGGUCUUUCACAUUCAGCAACCACAGCAGUGCAGAUGGCAUUUCAAAAAUACUUGUGCACACUCUCCUAGGA